AAGAAAAUAUAACUAUAUGAAGAGUUGGGAAGACAGGAAGAAUGUUCAGACUAGAAAGGGUAGUACCUAAAAGAACUUAAUAGAACUCCUGUGCUGGAUUAAGUUUGCACACUGGACCCUAUUUUGACUUAUGUCAGCUCUGCAUAGGCAGUCUCCUGCAGUCAUCAGGAUUCACUGGAGACUGGAAUCAUGUGGACAGAGGACCUGAUAUCCUCAGAAAUGAAAAUAGGGGAAGAGCUUUGAACCCAGAGGUACAAUCUCUGGAUUGGGGAGUUUCAAAGGUGCCAGGGAAAAGUAGUAAAAAGAGCCUUCUUUUUUACAAUAACCCCAAAAGACACUUUGCUCUGUGACAGUCCGUCCUGGGAAGGGCCUAUCGGCAGCACCAGAUGAGCCUGUAGACACCCACCUUGAGAUGGCACAUUCCCAGCUGCCCUGUGCAUGCCAGUCUUAUCAGUUUCAAUGGAAGCCUGGAGCUCCAGAUAAUGCUGCUUGGCCCCAAACGCUGGACAGAGCAUGCUUUUUCCUGUUUGGCUGGGAAAUUUAAGGCUGAACUGCUGAAUCUGACACUUAACAGGAGUUUGGCAUUCUGCUAAAUACAGACUAGAUCAGAGACUUUUUUUUUUUUUUCAUUGAAAAGUAACUUGGGUUCACUUUAGAAAUCCUUAUUUGGUGUGCACAUCUAGCUAUUUCACAGAGAUUUCCGUUUUACAAAGAAGUUGGAGUGGAUUUCUUCCCUCAGAUAAGCUAUUGGUUGUUGGUGGCCAAUCGAAGUUGCUCAACAUAGACAGGAGCAAAAAAGGUUCCUGCUGAGAUUGAAAGAAAACCUCAGAGGAGAACUCUGAGAAUUCGUCUCAGGAUGAAGCUGCAAAAGCAAAGGAGAAGUACUUGUGAUACAAGCAAAUGUGGUCCAUCGAUCAACAGAUGCAAGAUUCUUCUCCCAACUACUGCAGCUCCUGCGGUGAUGAGAAUCUGGCUCCUUAGAGGCCUGCUGCCAUUCCUGCUGCUCCUCUCUGGCCUGCAGAGACCCACGGAGAGUUCUGAGGUUGCAAUUAAAGUUGACUUUGACUUCGCACCAGGUUCCUUUGAUGAUCAGUACCAAGGCUGUAGCAAACAGGUUAUGGAGAAACUAAUUCAAGGGGAUUAUUUCACAAAAGACAUAGAAUCCCAGAAGAAUUACUUUGGGAUGUGGCAAAAAGCCCACUUAACCUGGCUUAACCUGGGAGGAAAAGUUCUCCCCCAGAACAUGACAACCACACAUGCUGUGGCUAUUUUGUUUUAUACAUUGAACAGCAAUGUUCAUUCUAACCUCACUAGAGCCAUGGCCUAUGCUGCCAGGACUCCACAGCAAUACGAACAUUCAUUCCACUUCAAAUAUUUACACUACUACCUGACCACAGCAAUCCAGCUGCUGAGGACAGACAGCAUCAUGAAGAAUGGCACUCUGUGCUAUGAGGUAUAUUAUACGAUGAAGGAUGUCCACUUCAAUGCCUACACAGGGGCCACCAUUCGAUUUGGCCAAUUCCUCUCCACAUCCCUCCUAAAAGAAGAAGCACAGGAGUUUGGGAACCAGACACUAUUUACUAUAUUCACCUGCCAGGGCGCACCUGUAGAAUACUUCUCCCUCAAGAAGAAAGUCUUGAUCCCUCCCUAUGAGCUGUUUAAAGUUAUAAGUAUGAGUUACCACCCAAGAGGAAACUGGAUGCAGUUGAGUUCAACUGGGAACCUGAGCACGUAUAACUGUCAGCUGCUAAAAGCUUCCAGCAAGAAAUGCAUCCCUGAUCCUAUAGCUAUUUUGUCUCUCUCCUUUUUGACCACUGCCAUCAUCUCUUCCAAAAGCAGAGUAUAAAGGAAUCUUGUGGCUCCCUUUAUUUAAAAAUAUAUAUAUUUAAAUAAAAACUUUUUAUUGGUCUUUUGG